AUGUCCAACGUCAACAACAAAACCUCCACUUACGUCACGCAAAACCCAACAUCAUCACAUGUCUCUCCCUCAACUCUCGCAGCAGCAAACACUUCAAAAUACCCAAACACCGACAAACAAAAACAGAAACAGCUACUACCACCAGCAACCAAAAGAACCUACACAUUCGUCGAGCUGCUCGCUCUUCGAUUUUCGCCAAUGUGCCGUGAAAUCGAAUGUAAGUUCGCGCCGGAUGCGCUGUACAUGGACAUCUUGUCCUCACAAAUGGAUCCCGAAGAAUUAGAAUAUAAUUGGCGCUCUGCACAAGGUGAUAUCAUCGAGAAUGAAUAUUUCGUAGUGCCGGGACGUCAUCUUAGAACCAAUGAUGAGAUGAUGGAAUUAGGGAAUUUGGGUUUUGUGAAUGAGUUUAUUAGGGCGCAUAAUCGAUGGAUUGCGUUGCUAGAAACUCGUGGAAGUAUGAAAGGACGGGAUGACGAAUUCAAAAAGGAGAAUGUGUUCAGUUGCAAGAAGGAGGAAUGGGUUAAUGAUCAUAUGAAGAAAACCUCACACGAAGAUGGUUGUGUCGCUAUUCAAGUUUAUAAACAACAAAUUCAGGCAAAUAAUCAGAACUGA